AUGGCGCCAUGUACGCUGGCGCCUAACGCCCUGGCGUCUAACGCGCCGGCGCAUAACGCGCUGGCGCCAGUUUCUCUGGCGCCUAAGGCGCUGGCGCUUCCGGCGCUGGCGCUUGCUGCGCUGGCGCCUAUCGCGCUGGCGCCAUGUAAGUUGGCGCCUUGUGCGCAGGCGCCUAACACGCUGGCGCCUAGCGCGCUGGCGCCUAAGGCGCUGGCGCCAAACACGCUGGCGCCAAACGCUUUGGCGCCAAGCGCGCUGGCGCCUAAUGCGCUCGCGCUUGCUGCGCUUGCGCCUAACACGCUGGCGCCAUGUGCGCUGGCGCCUAGCGCGCUGGCGCAAUAUGCGCUGGCGCCAAAUCGCUGGCGACUGAGGCGCUUGCAGCGCUGGCGCCUAUCACGUUGGCGCCAUACGCGCUGGCGCCUAGCGCGCUAG